GGAGCGGGGGCACUCCCACCCCCCCGCCAGGGGCCUCCACGGGCCAUGGGCCUGCCCCCCCGGGCCCCGCCCCGGUCAACGCAGGGGGUGCCCGUCCUUGGGUCCCCGGAUGUGGGUGGACUACGGCUCCCAUCAUCCCCAUCCAUAAGGCCACUGCAGCUGGGGAGGAUGGGAGCUGCAGUCCGCCGGCCUUUGGGGACCCCUGACUUAGUCGGGUGGCUUCGUGGCUCUUUUCUUGAAGGGUCUCCUUUGGGAUACGCACCCACCCAGGCGCCGCGCUCUGAUGAACUGGGCAGCCGUUUGGUGGAGUCUGCCAAUGGCUCCCCCCACCCCGGCUUCAGGUCUUGCAGGGAAGGGAUGCCUCUUCUAAGGCUGCCAUCCGAAGCCUGCGUGUUAGGGAGGAAGUGUGGCGGAGCGGUGGUUCUGGCUCGCAGCUUGCCUGGUAGCUGCCAUGCACUCCCUGGUGUUUCUCUCCGCACAGAAGGUCGUCUCCGACCAUGCCACCCUGCACAGUGCCUUGGAUUUCCUCCCAAAGGAGCUCUACCCUGUCUUGUUCAAGGCAGCCUUCCUGGAUAAGAGGACCCUGGCUUUGCAAGACUUAGUGCAGACCUGGCCAUUCCCAGUCCUCAGUUUUCAGAAGCUCUUAAGGAGAUGUCAACACUGUGAAUGCACCCUCAUCCGAGAGAAGCCCAUCAAGUCAUGCAUCCAGACGGUUAUUUUGGGAGUGGUGACGUAUCUGGUUAAAAUAUUAGAGGAUCGGCACCAAAGUAAGAGCAAGGGGCAACGACUGCAAGUUCUAGAUAUGACUGGCCUCCAGGACGAAGGGCAGGGCCCUGAAAGCAUGAGCCUUUGGUCCCGCACAGUCACGCUGGCCAAAGCCUGUCUGGAUGUCUCUAAGCAGCAGAGCAAGUGCCUGAAGCGGGCAUCCAAGCGGAGGAAGGGGCCCUACAACAAUGCCGUCGCUCUGCCGCCCCCCCAGCCUGUCUCCGUGGAUGUCUGGGUGGACCUUUUUGUGAACAGCACCUCCUACGGGGUCCUGAAGGAUGCUUUGCUGAUCAACAGCGGCAACGCCCUGCGGCUGAGGUGCCGGGACUUCCGGGCAGAGGAGCUCUCGAUUGCCAGUACUGUGGGACUGCUGGAGUUCCUGGUCCCGGAUGGCGUCCGGCAGGUGGAUCUGCGGUUCAACAACCUGGGGCUCUCGGGCUUGCGGGUGGUCCUCCCUCACCUGGCCAAGUUCACUGACCUGGCGAGCCUGAAGCUGCCCUACAGCAACAUUGACGUGAGGCGCCUCACAGUGGGCAUGGAAGGGAGCCUGCAGUACUUUGCCGCCCAACUCAGCCGGCUGACCUGCCUCAAGGAGUUGAACCUGGGCUCCUCCAGGCUUUCAGGCAAGCUGAGGCAGUUGCUGGGAGACAUGCAAAGCCCUUUAGAGAGCCUGGAGCUGGCCUUCUGCUACCUCUUGCCCAAUGACCUUGCCUACCUUUCUCAAAGCCUCCACACGCCUGCCCUGAAGAAGCUGGAUCUCAGUGGCAACAACCUCUCUGACUGCCUCCUCCAGCCUUUCCAGGGCCUCCUGACCGAGGCCUCUUCGACUCUGCUCCACCUGGACAUCAUGGAAUGCCGCCUGAUGGACACCCACCUGAGCUCGCUCCUCCCUGCCCUCUGCCGUUGCGAACGGCUCCGCUAUUUCGGCGUCUUUGGCAACCCCAUCUCAGCCAAAGGACUGAAGAAUCUGCUCCACAGGACGGUGGACCUCUUGGACUUGCAGCUCGUCAUCUACCCCUACCCUGUGGACUGCUAUGGGGAGGACCUGCCAUGGCCCCCCACCUCCUCCAAUCUCCUCAAUGGCUCUGUGGAUGAGGAGAAGUUCUCCCGGGUCAGCAAUGAACUCCAGCAGAUGCUGCUGAGCGCAAACAGGGCAGACGUCAUCUGGACCACAAACCUUUGCCGCCACAAUAGCCUGGACUAUUUUAGUUUGUAGCCCUACUGGUGCAAAUCUAGCCCCACCAGUAGAUGUGAAGUGGGUCCUCCUCCCUCUUCUGCUGCCACCUCCCUGCCAACACUUCCCGUUCCUCACUGUGCAACAGCAGGACUAUCCUGGCUGCCUCUGCUGGUGCUGCUCUGGAUCCCAAAGUGGUGCCUGGGAUAGCCCUGCAGGCAGACCCGAGAGAGACGCAGGUGCUCUCUUCUGCCACUAAAGGGCCAGGAGAGAGAGCCUGGACAGCUGUCAGGGCACGACCCUGCUCCUGCUGCUUCUCCUAGUUAGGAGCAGCACCAAGCCAUCCCUGUGGCCGGUCCUUGACCUCAGAGGUACCAGUGGGUGGGACAGCCCUGCCUGCCUGCCUGCCUGCCUCUCUCUGGUCCGCAGCAGCCACAGUGUGGGACUCUGGAGGAGAGAGCAGGUAGGUGGCAGCAUGGAGAGUGAGGAGCCAGUAGAGUAUCUCAUAGAGGGAGAAGUAGCAAAGUUGCAUUCCUAUGUUUGAGAAAUAAAUGCCAACACAAAAUUCCAGGUGAGAACAUUUUUCUUUUGAGCUAAAGCCCUUUCUGGUGCAUGCAGCAAUACCUGGGAUUGUAGUCUUGUGUGUAUGUGUGUGUGUAGUUUUUUACAUCUAUUUUGUAACAUCUCUUAUUUAGUGCAUAACAAAAUGGGCCUCACCUGCAGUUUGCUGAGGAAGUCUAAAAUAGGAACUGGAAGAGUGCUCUGAGCAGGGCAGUAUUUGGGCUCUUCCAUGGAGGGGCUGGGAGGGAGCAGUCUGUUGAUCCAGAGUCUGGAGGGUGACUGCAUUCCAGGGAGGGCGGAAGGAAGAGGAGGUGAGAAUGUAUGGAGAGAGCUCUGGAUCUGAAAUAAAAGAUGAUUCAUCUGAGAGACUGAGA